AUGGUGAAGGAGGAAUGCAAAGCGCUGCUCGAUGCGCUCAGCAAGGUGACUGCCUGCUAUCGGCACAUGGUGCUGACCAUCGGGGGCACCUCGGACUCGCAGAACCUGCGGGAGGAACUGAAGAAAACUCGGCAGAAAGCCCAGGAGCUGGCGGUGGCUAACAGGAACAAGCUCACCGCGGUCCUGAAGGACAAGACGGUGAGUAAGGAGGACAAGGCUGAAUUCGAGAGGCUCUGGGUGAUCUUCUCCACUUGCAUGGAGAUCCUGGAGAUUGACAUGAGGAGAGCCCUGGAGCUGGGCCAGGAGUUCCCCCUUAACGUGCCCAAAAAGCACCUGAUCCAGACGGGCAUGAGCGGGGGAACCUCUGGGGUGGCCGCCAGGGCUAUGAGCGUCCAGAACAUGAAAUACGAGGCUGAACACAACAUAGAUGUAGUGGAUUUGAAAGACCUGGAGAACGAGAUCAACCAAGUUGGAGAGAUGAUGUACGAGAUGGAGAUGAAAGUGAAUGUCCCCCAGUGGACAGUAGAGGCUAAACAGGACCCUGGGGCUGAACUCAAAUCCACCAUUAGCGUGGGCGCCUCCUCUAUUGGAAUGAUCUCCGUGGAGGAAAACAAAUCCUUUUGCGAUAUCAGCAAAGUUCUAGCUGGGAUCAUUUUCUCCGCGGUGCUGAUUAUCGCUAUUGUCUUGGCGGUGUGUGUGGUAAAACUCUCAUAG